ACCGACUUAUAUCGAUAAGAUAAGACGUAAAAGACCGUCUAUUGUAAAUAGCAGAAUUUGUCUUUAUCAAUAAAAUAGUAAAUUAAUAGAUGGCUUCAUUGCUGAAAGCUGCCACCAGUAGUCUUCGGAGUACAUUUUUGCAGGCGCGUAGCAUUGCAACAAGCCCACCAUUGUUAAUAAAAGAAAUACACGAGAGAUUGGAAAACAAUGCACUGGUCUUUGAGGGUGUAAAUGUGGUGUCGCCACGUUCAGAAAAGAUGCUGAAACCAGCCUGCACCUCGAACUUCUGUCCAGAAUGUACCCUGGGUCUGGACAUUAAACAUACUGAUGUGCUUAUUUUAUCACAAUACGUCCGAUCUGAUGGCUGCAUGCUGCCCAGGCGGAUAACUGGAUUGUGCCACAGGCAGCAAAAGAAAAUGGGGGCGUUAGUUACUAUGGCUCAGAAGGCUGGGUUAAUGCCUAAUCUUAAUCCGUCUUGGAGCAAAAAGGAUCCAAAAAAGCGGUUUGGAUGGCGCAAGUUUAACAAAUACUUUAUAGAAUCAACGAUUAAGUACUGAAGUUAAUUAUAAUACCAGAAUAAAUGUAAUUGUUUUCCAUUGUAAA